AUGUCAGCUGUCAAUGACACCAACUUCAAAUCUGCAGUGUUACUUCUCACCGGGAUACCUGGGCAGGAAGACGUCCAUCUCUGGAUCUCCAUCCCCUUCUGCUUCAUUUAUGUUAUUUCAAUAUUAGGAAAUUCAGUCAUUCUGUUCAUUAUAAAAACAGAUCCAACCCUCCAUGAGCCUAUGUACAUUUUCCUUUCCAUGUUGGCCGUCACAGACCUUGGUUUAUCGAUAUCCACCGUACCGUCAACACUGGGCAUAUUCUUGUUUAACUCUAGGGAGAUCAGCCUUGAUGCUUGUUUUGCCCAGCUGUUCUUCAUCCACUCGUUUUCAUUCACUGAAUCCUCCGUGCUGUUGUUGAUGGCCUUUGACCGCUUCGUUGCGAUCCGUAAUCCGCUGAGAUAUACUUCUAUCUUAACCCCAUCAAGAAUAGCCAAGAUGGGGCUAGUGUUUGUGCUAAGAGGGGUGGCUGUAAUAUUCCCACUCCCCUUUCUCCUGAAACGCUACCGAUACUGUCGAAUCAGUGUCCUCUCCCAUUGCUACUGCAUAAACCAGGAGGUCAUGAAGAUGGCUUGUUCAGAUAUCACAGUCAGCAGCAUCUAUGGCUUGUUUGUUACAGUCUCCACAGUGGGGUUGGACUCGCUGCUCAUCCUCCUCUCUUAUGUGAUGAUCCUCAAAACAGUGCUGAGUAUCGCGUCCCAUGCGGAGCGCCUCAGGGCCCUGAGCACCUGCAUCUCCCACCUCUGCGCCGUCCUCCUCUUCUACACACCAGUGCUCGGCUUGUCUGUGAUACACAGAUUCGUGAAGAACUCUUCUCCCUUGCUUCCGAUUCUCAUUGGCUACAUCUACCUAGUGGUCCCGCCCCUGAUGAACCCAAUUGUGUACAGCGUGAAAAGCAAACACCUUCGUGCAAGGAUAAUCAGGGUGUUUGUCAAGUGA